CUGCCAACUCGCAGCACCGACAUCAUUUCUAACAAUCUUCACAAUUUGCUAAGCUGAUAGUACUAUAUCUUUUUGUUCACUAUGUGUGAGCCUGAAUCAGACGCUAAAAUGUGGGCUGACGAAUCUACACUUGAUUCUAACGGCGGACCAACCUUCUUGUACACAUUGGAGGAGGACGUGAACCGAAAAGAGCAACUCGCAAGCUUUCGGGAUGAGAACUCAGACGCCCGAAGGAAGACUGCUUUACAUAGGGAGAAUGAGCAACAGCUGCUUGAGGAAGGACAACUAGCCCGAUCUGAGUUCUCCGCACGGCUAGAAAGAGUUACUUUUGGGUCUUUUCAGGGUCAACGGGCUUGCCUCAUUUUGUUUUCCGUCGAUUUCUGUCCCAGAAAUCGAAGCUGGUUCCGCUUUCGUAAGGCGAAUGUAGAAGCCUUAUUCCAGGCAGAGCAGCCGAGAGCAGACGCGUCGGUCGACGACGAGGGGAGCUCCGCUGGGCCUCUCAUCUGCGAAUUCUACCCAAGGCUCAUUCGUGGUCACGUCCGAAGUAUCGCGGAAACUUACGGCUUCUCGGUCUCCGGUAGCCUUCCUCCCAUCACCACUACCAACAUCUCAGCAACUUGGUCGCUGAGUAAGCCAAAAGAAAGUGCACAUCUGCUCCAUGGCUGUCUGAUCGGGGAGGGGGCGAUACGGGUUCGAUGGACGGUCAACGAGAACGAAGCAAGCAAGAGUGGGGUAUAUGAGCGGCUCAAGUUUGCUGUCAUUGUGCGGCACGCAGACCAGGCUCAGUUCUCCAUGGCCCUGCGAAUCAGGGCAACGACACUAGGCGGCCUUUCUAUCGUCGGUAACGGUGGUUCGCGCAUCAUCUUCAGACCAAAUCAGCGACAUGACAUCGAGGAGAACAGUCAACAAAUGGGACUGCCCUGGUUGAAUGGAGGCUCUAUUUGGGCAAGCGGGCAAUCUUGGAUGCCUGCUGCACAGAGGGUUGACGGGCAGAAAGAUCUGGCGGAGGAAAACUUGGAGGACUUGACGCAAAUGGAAGCUGUUUUGCUCGGGAGACAUGGUCCAGGCGCCCCACCAGUGGACAAGCUCUAGCAUUUCACAUUAUAGGCAACUAUAACUCUGCUGCUUAAAAUCCUAUCGUAAUCUUAUAUGUCGGAACCGGGCCCUUUCCCUCCCAAGGUGACUAAUCGCGGCCGUCAGAUAGCACUAUAAAAGCUGGCGGUGGGUGAUAAGGUGAGACGCGGCAACUAUAUACGUAUCCUACUUUCUUGAGUAUUGUUGACUUGAUAUGGUUGUCCUGAUGUGAGUUAGGUGACAGUUGUUGCCUUGGCGCAGGCCAG